AUGACGGGCCUAGCCGCUCCGGGGCCCGCUGCUGGUCCCGAUCCCGGGGCCGAGCUCAAGCAGCGGCUGGCCAGGGGCUUGAAUGCAUUCUUCACAACUUACAGUGCAGCUGCGAGGGACGGAGCCUUGGCUCAGGGCGCGCCGUACUGCCUCAUCGGCACCAGCGACCAGCUGGCACUGUACCGCCUGGCGUCCUCGCGCCACGCCUUCCCCGCGCGCGGCGGCGCGGGCUGCGCUCUUGGCCGGGUGUACGCGUCGCUGCAGCCGGGCGCGCCGCGCGACGCGGCCGAGGCGCCGCCCCCCGGUGCCACCGCCGCCGCCGCCGCCGCGGCAGCAGAGGCAGACAGAGAGCUGCAGAUCCGCCGUUGCGGCGUGCGAUCCGUCGUGCUGCUGCCGCUGUUCGACCUCCGCGCCGCCGCCGCGGCGCUUGGCCGCCCCGCAGCCUCCGCGGCGCGGCUGGCGGCGGAGGACGCCGCCGCGGCGGCGCCGCCGGCGGCGGUGUUCGAGCUGGCGGCGCGUGAGCCGCUGCUGGACUUCGACGCAGCGCUCGCCGCGCUCAACGCGGCUCUGGCGCCCGAGGGCCUGGCGGUCCCGCUGCUGAGCCGCGCGCAGGCGGUGGCGACCGAGCGGCGACGCAUCUCCGAGGAGCGCCUCGCAGAGGCUGGCGGGCUGGCGGCGGCCGUGGCCGCCGCGGCGGCAGCGGCGCCGGCGCGCGAGGGGCUGCAGGCGGCCGCUCCUCGCGCCACGGGGCGCGCGCCUGCGCCGGCGACAGCGGGGCCGUCGUCGCCAGUGUUUGCGGGCGGGGACGGCUGGCUGGGCUUGUCGCCGCGGCGGGUGGGCGCGGUCGCGGCCGCGUCGUCGCCAGCAGGCGGCGCCGCUCUCUGCUUCGUACCGACGGUUCCGGACGGCCCCACACGCACGGCCGCGGCCGCGGCGCUCGGCGGUCUGGCGGCGCCGCGGCCCCGCACGCCAACCCGGCAGCAGCAGCAACAGCAACAGCAGCAGCAGCAGCAGCAGCAGCAGCAGCAGCAGCAGCAGCAGCAGCAGCAGCAGCAGCCGCGCCUUGGCGGCGGCGGCAGCGGCGGCAGCGGCGGCGCUCGGCGAGAGGGCCGCGCAGGGGUGCCAUGA